ACCUGUACACGUGCCAGUUUGUGUGGCUUUUAAAAAGUGGUACACUGCCCUAGAGCCUCAUUAGUCUCUAUUUUUAAGUUGCACGUGCACUUGAAAUGCAUAAGUUUAUAUACAAGCUUUUAGAGAACAAAUUUUUCAUUGCAAGAACAGCAAGGAAGAGGAAGCCUUCUCCAGAACCAGAAGGUGAAGUUGGGCCCCCUAAGAUCAAUGGGGAGGCACAGCCUUGGCUGUCUACAUCCACAGAAGGGCUCAAGAUGCCCAUUACUUCUACAUCGUCUUUUGUGUCGCCACCACCACCCACUGCCUCACCUCAUUCCAACCGGACCACACCGCCUGAAGCGGCCCAGAAUGGCCAGUCCCCUAUGGCAGCCCUCAUCUUAGUAGCAGACAAUGCAGGGGGCAGUCAUGCCUCAAAAGAUGCCAACCAGGUUCACUCCACUACCAGGAGGAAUAGCAACAGUCCACCCUCUCCGUCCUCUAUGAACCAAAGAAGGCUAGGCCCCAGAGAGGUGGGGGGCCAGGGUGCAGGCAGCACUGGAGGACUGGAGCCUGUGCACCCUGCCAGCCUCCCGGACUCCUCCCUGGCAGCCAGUGCACCCCUGUGCUGUACCCUCUGCCACGAGCGGCUGGAGGACACUCACUUUGUGCAGUGCCCGUCUGUCCCUUCGCACAAGUUCUGCUUCCCUUGCUCCAGACAAAGCAUCAAACAGCAGGGAGCUAGUGGAGAGGUCUAUUGUCCCAGUGGGGAAAAAUGUCCUCUUGUGGGCUCCAAUGUCCCCUGGGCCUUUAUGCAAGGGGAAAUUGCAACCAUCCUUGCUGGAGAUGUGAAAGUGAAAAAAGAGAGAGACUCGUGAUUUUCUGGUUUCAGAAAAACCUAAUGAUUACCCUUAACUAAAACUGCUUGAAUUGUAUCUCUCUCUCUCUCUCUCUCUCUAUAUAUAUAUAUAUCCAAGACAAGGGAAAUGUAGACUUCAUAACAUGGCUGUAUAAUUUUGAUUUUUUUUAAUACAUUGUGUUUCUACAUUUUUUUUUGACAACAAAAGGUAUGUACUUAUAAAGGCAUUUUCUUCUUUCAUAACAUUAGCUUAUAUUUGUGCUUUAUUAUUCUGGUGACAGUUACCGUUCAAUGUAGGCUAUGACUUGCGCUGCUUUUUUUAGAGCACUUGGCAAAUCUGAAAUGCUUCUAACUGUAUUUGUAUGCACUUAUUUUAAAAGGAAAAAAAAUGCCAAAUACAUUUUCUGACAUUGUAAGAUUGCCUUACUGUCUGUUCUUCCUUAUUUGCUGGCCCCUUUCUCAGGCUGGAGGCCAAUUGGUGGAGAAGGAAAGGAGAUAAGUGAAAGGGACACUGUUGUGAAGUGGGCAUACCACUGGGAAAUAUCACCAAGUAUUCCCCAUAAUGUUGUCCUCCUAGACUAAUAGGAAAAGAGAUUCGAAUCUUUCUCUAUUUUGUUCUGAAAGUUUUAAAAGUUGGAAUAUUGGUGACUGCCUGAGAGUUGCUGCUGAGAAAUUUUCAGGGCCAUGUGGUUUUGGUGGGGGGAGCGGGGGGGAGGUUUAAGACAAAGUUGACCACCACUCGCUGCCCACAUGAUCAGUUGUGAGAUUACAAUGCUGCAUGCUAGUUGGUUACAUAAUACACAGUCCAGUGACUGAGGGCGGUGAUAAUGGAUGGUGGUGUGUACAGGGUGGCACUGCCAUCUUUGAACAGAGCCUGGCUCUGCAGCGCCACUUCAUCUUUUCAGACACUCUAGAGCUCUGUCUGUCUGUUCCUUUGAGAGAGUUGCAAGAGAACUUACGGUCCAGGUGAACUUGGAGAUUGUGGGAUUGGUUUUGUUCUGUUUUGUGUUUCGUUUUGUUUUUCAUCAUUUACCUGUAGUGCUUUUGCUGUUGAUACUAUCACCCACACCGUUUCUAGUGAGUGCUAAAUACAGUAUGGUACAGUGACAGGAACCACGCUUGGUGCUGCCAGGACUGCCCGUGGGCAUAUCGGUGACAGCCCAGAUGGAGGUGAAGGAACCCUGUAAUUUCCUUCUUAACGUGUGUUUGAUACCAAGUGAAUAAUAAUACUGUUCUUUUGAAAAAAAAAGUGAUAAACUAGUGAAAAUUAAAGAAAGGGUUUUACAUAAUAGGCCCCACCUCAAACUAUUUUUAGAAGCUUUUGUAAACUAAUUUCUUUUGAUCACUCUUUUGCAUCAGUAAAAUGAUUUUUUUAAACCAAUAAAUCAUCAUAUACUAGAAAUAGUUGUCUCACAGUGAUACUGGUUUUUCUUUUGUGCUGUUAUGAUUUAACAUUGGCAGGAGCACUAUUUGGAAUUCUCUUUUCGGGUGUUUGUAACUUGGCCCUAUAAUUAGGCUGAAUCAUGGCUUCAAGAUAUACUACAAGUUAACUUGUAUUAUUCACACCUAGCCUCUGUUUUCAUUUGAAAGUAUAGAUUGUUACCCACUUUGGAUUCUUUUUUAGUUAUGUUUUUGUCUUUCUUAAAUUGCUCAAAUAUUUUUUAGUGAUCGAGUUAUUAACACUUGAAAAUCAGAUACUGCACCAAAUACAGUAUUUUUUGGUAGUGUUUUUAAUGAGUUCACCUAUUCUUAAUGUGCAAAUUCAUGUAACUGGUCAUUGUUAUAUUACAGACUUGCAUGAUUAACCAGUUUGUUGUUAUACUUUUUUUUUAAUUGGACUAUCUGUGACUCAGAUCAGACUGGUUUCUCUUAUGGAAAUGCACACGUGCAGAAACACAGAAUCAGUUUUACAUGCGCAUAAAGACAUUUGUAAAGAAUUCAACUAUUAUGGUUUGUUGUAUAAAUGUGUAUUUAGGCACUUUAUUAUAAACUGGAAUUUGACCUCAUUGACGUUACAAGUUGAUCAGUCAUUUGACCUAAUAUGUGGCAGCCAUCUGUAUAUUUUGCAAUCAAUACAGAUAAGCUUUCCAAAAUGAUUAAUGAAGAAACAUCCUGCUGUUUUUGAAUGUCUGUUCAGCUGUGGAAAAGACAAGCUAUGGGUUCCUCUGUACUGGUGUUAAGGGGUUAAAGCGCUGUGUGCUGAGGUUACUUUUAUUAAAAACUAGGUCUGCACAGGUGUGACUGGCCCUUGGGGGGCCUUUGUGGAAGGCUUGCAGCUGUAAAGUGUUGAUCUGUGUUACUUUUUUGACAUUCUCAUAAGCUUAAAAGUUAAUAACAUUGGGACAUGGUUUUGAUCUUGUGCUGUACCUGAUGACAGUGCAGAGAUUCUCCACAGCUGGAUAAAAUGUCAGAAAGCUACUUACUGUACUGGGCAGUAUCAGAUUUCAAAUCCUAGUAUUUCAGCUGUGCUUUUAAUACUCAAAAUAUUAGGGGUUGGGGUAUUGAAGCUUUCCCCUUUUUGCUUUAACAAUUUAUAGAAUUUAACAGAUGUACUUCUUUCAUGUGGCCUCACAUUAAAAGUUAUGAGAACAUACACAUGGUUUACAACUUUUACUAUAUACCUUUCCUUGGCCACCAAGUAUUUUAAAAGUGUGCCACCUUUUAACCUUUACUUUUUUUCAAGUUAAAGGUGAUAACUUUUUCUAUAUAUGAUGAAACUCAUGUCAACUGAAGUGAGUGUAAGCUCGGAUAUCAACAUUAUUAUAUUUUAAAAUCACGCUAUGGAACUAUCACCUGCUUACUGUCAUUUGUCAGAUUUACAGUACUUUUUUUUUUCUUUAACUUUUAGCAUUAAAUAAAAAUAAAAUUGGGAUCACUGAACAUUUUCUGAGGCCUUUUUUAAUUUUUUAAGGUAAGCUUAGAAUGGCUAUUGUUUUCAUCACUAAUGGCAACAUGGGACCAAACGAUGUGUGGGUUGGGGGUUGAGGGUUGACUGGAGCUGCAAAAGAACAGGAGAUGAAAGACAGAACAAAAGGGCAAACUAAUCGCAGAGAAAAAAAAGUUAACGGACUGGGGAAAGGUCAACUGGAUGGAGGAACAGAUAAAGAGGAGAGCUGAACAAAGUACAGCCAGACAGCACUUGUUUGUUUCUCAACUUGCAGUAGAGCCAGCCAUUCUGCAAUAGUAGAUUGGCAGAAGACUGACAACACUGAACAGACUGUCAGGACAUGGAACUGCUCUCUGGGAAGCUUUGGAAUGAAACAGCCACUUCAGGCCAUAUGAAACGCACUGAAGACAAAAGGGAUAAGACACCUAACCUUUGGAAAUCUUUGGAAUAAAGUCAGAGCUAAA